UUAUUGCCUGAUAGAGUCAGCUUUCUCUCUCUAUAAAUAUAAGCAACUCCACUCUCGUCUUCCUCAGACAUGGUAUAACCCAGUUGGACUUAACCCUAAUAACCAAAAACAUCUCCUCUUCAAAACAGAUCAAGAGUACCCUUUUUCUCUUGCAAACGCACAUACACAUAUAUACACAGAAGAUACACAUAUAUACACACAUACAGGGAGAGAGAGAGAGAUGGGAAGAUCACCUUGCUGUGACAAGAUUGGAGUGAAGAAAGGGCCAUGGACUCCGGAGGAAGACAUCAUCUUGGUUUCUUACAUUCAAGAACAUGGCGCUAGCAACUGGAGAUCUGUCCCUACUAACACAGGUCUAAGAAGAUGUAGCAAGAGCUGCAGAUUGAGGUGGACUAAUUAUCUUCGACCCGGUAUUAAGCGUGGCAAUUUCACCGAGCAUGAAGAGAAGAUGAUUAUCCACCUUCAAGCCCUCUUGGGCAAUAGAUGGGCAGCCAUAGCAUCAUACCUUCCACAAAGGACAGACAAUGAUAUAAAGAACUAUUGGAACACUCACUUGAAGAAGAAGCUUAAGAAGAUGAGCGGUUCAGGAGAUGAUUCUAGUGGAUACGGGGGCUUAUCUUCAUCAAACCCUAAUUCUCAGAAUCACCAUCAGACAUCGAACAAGGGACAAUGGGAGAGAAGGCUUCAGACGGACAUCAACAUGGCAAAACAAGCCCUUUGUGAGGCCUUGUCAUUUGACAAACUACCAUCAACGCUAUCAUCCUCAUCCUCAUCAUCAUUAUCACCGCCAUCAACGCUCCAAAACCCUAAUUUCCAAAUCGAACGUUUUGACCCAUCAUCUUCAUCUUCCUCCACCACCACAAGCAACGCUAAUCCAAACCCAUCGGGCGUAUACGCGUCUAGUGCAGAGAACAUCGCUCGGUUGCUUAAAAACUUCAUGAAAGACACUCCAAAGUCGUCGUCUCCUGCGUCUGAAACCGGACCCACCGCCAUUGCUGCAGCUCGGAGAAACCUCCCAGCCACAGUGACGUCGAGCCCCACCACCACCGAAGGAUUCGACCAGUCUUCCUUUGGCUUCAACUCGACGAGCCUAGAGUCCACGUCUAUGGAUGAGACUCUGACUUUGACACCGGAGACAAGCUUCUUCCAAGAUUACGAAGCCAAGCCGACGAUAUCCGACAAUGCAUUAGUAUCACAAGGGUCUUUGUCACUGCUAGAGAAAUGGCUGUUUGAUGAUCAAGGUUACGACAUGAUUAACCUGUCGUUAGAUGGUCAAGAAGGGCUGUUCUAGAGAUGAAAAUCAAGAAACUUGGGAAGCUAAUUAAUUAAUUAAUCUUUUAAGUCAAGGGUGUUUACUAUAUUUGUGUCGUAAUUAGGGUUUAUAGCCUUUUUGGUGGUUUUAGCUCAAGGAGACCUACCGUUUUUUUUUGUCUCUUUUAGAUUUCUCCUAUGUGGAAGAACACAAAGUGUACAUCUCUAUUAACAUAAUAUGUUAUGCUUUGUGCUUCAUUUUGUU